AUGACCAGGCCGUCUACUCAUAGAUCACCAGCUCCACAGAAGGAAAAGAAAGCGGGAAGUGCUAAGCCUUCCACCAAACCAACUCCUCUCUUUGGCAAAGGUCCUGUUGUUUUUCACACCUCUACAUCUCCACCAGUCAAGAAACCGCAGCAAAGUCCUCCCUCUGAGAGUAAUUCGUCAUCGCUGAAGAAAGGCGUUAUUAAGAAGUGCAUUUAUUAUGAUAACGCCCAUUCGAUAAAAACCUGUUCCACAUUCAAAGAUCUAGAUGUUACAGCUAGAGUGGAGUGGGUAAAAGAAAAACGAUUGUGUUUUAGGUGUCUGAUUGGAACACAUCGGGGAACUGAGUGUCCCACCGAAAUCAUCUGUAACAUUGGGAAAUGUGGUCAGCGGCACCACCUUCUAUUGCACGGAGCGCCUCGAGUUUAUCCCGCGAAUGCUUCAAAAACUAAAAAUGCAGGUCAGCCAUCAGCAAAAUCGUCUGAUGGUCGCGCAAUGACCAUUAAAUACAGGGAUAUGGCUAUCAACACUUCCCUAGCUAUCGUUCCUGUGUUACUUCAAGCUAACGGGGUGGAAAUAGAAACUUUCGCUUUUCUAGAUCCAGGAGCGACCGUUAACUUAAUUCGAGAUGAUGUAGCUAAACAGCUCAAGUGCAAAGGGAAUGCAAAGAAUGCUCGUGAUAGAUCUUUCGAAGCGGAUUUAAAGCAGGUCUCUACUGUGCCGACUCAGUACCUAAAGUUACCAUGCCCUCCGAAGGAGUUAAUGGAGAUCCGAAGUCGUUACCCUCAUCUCAAAGACCUGCACUUACGUCUCGAUGAAAGACUACCUCCUGUUGGAACCGACGCUCCCUUUGGUUUAUUGACGCCAUUUGGUUGGACUUGCGUUGGCGAUCUAACAUUAGGGACGCAGCAGCAUGAUUCAACGGUUUGUCGUUCAAACAAACCCUUGCUGACGGUGCAAAAACUCUGCUACCAUGUACAAGAAUCACCGACGGAAGCAUUACUUUUGCGCCAAGUUGAGAAAUUGUGGGGAACGGAAAGCUUUCCUAUUGUAACUCCAGCUCAACCGCUAGAAUCAACCGAGGAUAAACUAGCGAGGAAGAAAUUCGAUGCAACUAUUCAAUUCGACGGAACCAGGUAUGAAGUAGGUCUACCAUGGGUUUCAGAUGAUAUCGCACUACCCGAUAAUUACAAUAGUGCAUUGCGUCGACUUUUUUCUAUCGAAAAUAAAUUCACGCACAAUUCUAAUUUUGCUGAGAAAUACAAAGCCGUAAUCGAUGACUAUGUGGCAAAGGGAUUCGCACGGCCUCUCAAAGAAAGUGAAUUGAAGGGCAGCUUUGGGAGAAAUUGGUACCUUCCCCAUCAUGGAGUCGUAAAUCCUCGGAAACCUGAAAAGGUUAGAGUGGUCUUCGAUGCUUCGGCGAAGUAUCAAGGAGUUGCGCUCAACGAAGUGCUCUUAAAGGCUCCCAAUCUUAUCAAUGACAUAGGUGCUACUCUUCUACUCUUUAGAGAAAAGCCGGUGUCCCUAUCUGGGGAUAUUCAACAAAUUUUUCUUCAAGUUGGCGUGAAGAAUGAAGAUUGCUCUGCUCUACGAUUUCUAUGGCGUCCACCUGGCUCUCGAAAAAGACCCACCGUAUAUGAAAUGCAGCGACAAAUCUUUGGAUCAGUUUCAUCCCCUUUCAUCUGCUCCCAAGUCCUACAACAUUUUGCUGACCUACAUCGUGAAGAAUUUUUUGAAGCCGCUGAACGAGUCUACAAGAACUGCUAUGUAGAUAACCUUCUGGAUUCUUUUUACACCGAAGAGAAGGCUAGUCGAGCGGUCAAAGAUUCUACAGCAUUGAUAAAAAAGGGAGGAUUCCAUCUGAACCAAUGGCUCUCUUCAUCUCGACGGAGGAUUUGCCCACGGAGAGAACCUUGUUUAGGUGUUUUAUAUGACAGCGAAAGUGACAGCUUCAUCUUUGAUGUUAAAACUGACGUCGAAGCGAGUACUAAGCGUCGGAUCUUGAGUGCUGUGUCUACCUUGUAUGACCCACUGGGGUUUUUAUCACCAGUGAUCCUUAGCGCCAAAAGAAUUCUACAAGAAUUGUGGCUUGUCGGUGUUGACUGGGAUGACCAAGUUCCAGAAGUAAUUCAACACCAGUGGAACAAGUGGACUACUAACCUUAGCCAGCUCGAAGCGUUCAAGAUCCCACGAGCUUUAACUUCGUCUAGUGACAUCCAAGACAUUCAGCUGCAUGCCUUUUGCGAUGCAUCCACCGUUGGGUUUGGCUCUGUGGUAUAUUUACGAGUAACCUAUCGCAAUAAUGUCGUCGCCGUAAAUUUCGUUACGUCAAAGUCCCGCGUGGCACCCCUUCGUCCGCUGACCGUUCCGAAAUUAGAACUCCAAGGAGCAGUUGUGGCACUACGCCUUGUAAAGUUCGUCCAAUCGACCCUUCGUAUUCCAGUCAGUCAAAUCAUCUAUUGGUCUGACUCUAAAACUGUUUUUCAGUGGAUAGACUCAAAGGCAUGUCGCUUUCAGACGUUCGUCGCUAAUCGAAUAUCCGAAAUCUUAGAGCAUUCUCAACCAACUGAAUGGAGACAUGUCCCAGGUAUCGAAAAUCCGGCUAAUGAGUGCAGCAGAGGACUUUUUCCUGAUGAGAUGAUGGAGAAUUACCGUUGGGUUAUUGGCUCAGACUUCUUGCAGCAAGAAGAAAACGCCUGUCCGAUAACCAUUAAACUUCCCGAACCUUCUGUCGAAGAUCCAGAGGUAUCAGCCACCAACUGGAUUGGGCUCGUUUACGGCCCCACUGAAGAAAAUAGGCUCCACUCACUUCUGGAACGAAAUUCCAACUAUGACGUAGUGAUGCAAAUUGUUGCAUGGAUUCUUCGUUUUAUUUCCAACUCAAAAUUGAAAUUGCUGGAUCGUGACAAAUCACGCAUUGGUGUCAAAUGCAUUCAGCACGCUGCUAAUCAUUACAUCAAAUCUGCGCAAUUCGAGAUAUAUUACGAAGAAAUAGAGGCUUUAAAGGAUAAAAAGCCUUUAAAAUUGAGUUCGACGCUGAUUACUUUAUCACCAUUUCUGGAUGAAGAAGGAAUACUGCGAGUAGGAGGUCGCUUGAAUUACGCCCCCCUUUCGUUCGACAUCAAGCAUCCCAAAAUCCUGCCUCACGAUCAUCCACUCACGCGUUUAAUCGUCAUGAGAGAGCAUUAUCUCCUGUUUCAUCCAUCUCCAGAAAGACUACUCAGCUGA